GUUGCAAUAUGCCUUUUAAAACCAGUUGACAGCACAGUAACUACAUUUGUAUUGUCGCUAAGAAAAAUUUAUAAUAACAUAUCGUAUUGUGAAAUUCAGAGAAUAAUGGAGGAACUGUUAAAUGACGUGGUGCCCCCAGAGGAUUUGGAUAGGUUCGAAAGAAAAUACAACCACGAACAUGAACUCGAUGGAGAGGUCACAACAGAAACAAAAUUUGAAUAUGCGUUUUGUUUGGUCCGGAGUCGAUACACCAACGACAUCAAAAAGGGUGUUAUGCUUUUGGAGGAUCUGGCGCGUACACAUCCAGAAGGGAAACGUGAUUAUAUUUAUUAUCUUGCCUUUGGAAAUGCGCGUAUUAAGAACUAUGCCGAUGGUUUGAAAUAUUGUACAGCGUUUCUGGAAAUUGAAUCCAACGAUCAAGUGCGCGCGUUAGAAGAAUACAUGAAAAAACAAAGCGACAAGGAAGUUGCCAAGGGUAUUGCUGUUGCCGGAGGAGCUGCGCUCGUUUUUGGUGGACUCUUGGGACUCGGAAUUGCAUUGACUCGAAAUAAACCAAAGCGCGAAAAAUAGUGAAAAAAACUAGUGAUAAAUACAGCUUUUUAUGGAAUGCAAUUCCCUCCCAAAAUGUACACAUCUAUAUAUAAUAAUCACGAUGCGGACGCCGAUUAACUAAUUAGCAUUCUAUUUCCAACAUUUAUAAGCACUUUUUUCCUGUAAUUCAUUAAAUAGUUAAGAAAAAAUUGUUACAUUCAAACUAUUGUAUAUUUAAAGUGAUAUGCCACGUGUGUCACCAAAGAUGCUAGCGCAAUAAAUCGUCAUACUGUUAUUCUCAUCGUUAA